CGCAGUCGCACGUUUGGGUGAAAUCACACGUUUCUACACUCUUCCCCGGUGUGAAAGCUCUGAAGUGCGGGUGUGUGUGCGUGCUGCAGGGUCGAGACUGGGAUUGGUGUUGGAUUACUGUGUUACUGUGUUCCUGCGUUUAAUGUUGGUCACUUCAGCAACAGUUUUUUAUCCGUAAAAAUUUUUGCGUGUUUUUUAAAAGGAAAAAAUGUAUUUAAACGUGAUCUCAUUUCUGAAGCUGUUAUCGUUUGUUUGCUUUCACGCCUGCGGGCUAAGUUUACUAGCUUAGCUAAUGUUAGCGAUGAAGAGAUAAUGGUUGUCAUGGUAACACUAACCUUGUUCAGUGAGAAAUUGACUAGCAGGUAACCGAAUUGUGAUUGGCGAACACUCGGAGGUUCAGACAGACCUUAUUGAGGAGGAAGGGGCGGAGUCAGGAUGGUGGGCGGUCACAUGCAUUUCAAAUUUGCUUACUCACAUUUUGUAAUUCUCUCUCAAAGUUUUGAUGCGACUUAAAAAGUUAAAUAAUCUAGAAUAUAGUGGAUAUAUUUCCAGCGGUUGGAAAUGUCCCCUCAUGGCUGUGAUGCGUCUCACGCUGAUGACACGCUGACGGAAUCCGAUCCGAGUCUGAGAAGUCAUCAGCACGUCACCUUCAUACCAUGCCACAGAUCUGAUUCCUUUGCUCCCCUGUUACUCCCCAAGCCCCCUCCCCCUCCCCCCUCAGCAGGGUGUAGUAGAUCAUUUCCUGCGUGCAGCACAGACACCAUGCAGUUAACGGAUUUAUUCACCGUCGCUCACUUUAUUAAAGCCAGAUGUGAUCACGGCCUGAAAGCUGGAGAACCUCAAAACAUCAAAAAUUAUGUUUUUUUCGAGGUGGAGAUCCUGGACCCAAAAACCAGGACACAGCUCUGCUACCUGGACAAGGUGGAGCCGAACGCCACCGUCGGAGAAAUCAAGAUCCUGCUGCACAGAUUAUAUCCGAAGUGGUAUCCAGCGAGACAAGCUCUGAAACUCCAUCCUGAGGGAAAAGCUCUUAAAGAUGAAGAUGUUUUGGAGGAUCUGCCCGUGGGGACGACGGCCACCAUGUUCCUGCAGGACCUCGGGCCUCAGAUAGGCUGGACCAUGGUGUUUCUGUCAGAAAGCAUCGGGCCGCUUUUUAUUUAUCUGUUGUUUUACUAUCGGCUGCCGUUUAUCUACAGUCACGAGUACGACUACACACGAAGCUCACACACCGCCGUCAGACUGGCGUGUGUGUGUCACUCUCUGCACUAUAUAAAGCGAUUAGUGGAGACGAUAUUCAUCCAUCGAUUUUCCCGUGGAACUCUGCCGCUGCACACCAUCGCACUGAAUUGUUUAUAUUAUUGGGGAUUUGCAGCGUGGCUAGCGUACUACAUCAACCACCCUCUCUACACCACACCCAUGUACGGAAAACUUCAGAUCUACACGUCACUCCUCACGUUUCUGAUCUGUGAGAGUGGAAACUUCUCCAUUCACCUCGCGCUCAACCGACUCCGCUGCAACGGAUCGAGGCCGAUGCAGAUUCCAUACCCGAGUAAAAACCCAUUCACGUGGCUCUUCUUCUUCGUCUCCUGUCCAAACUACACAUAUGAGUUGGGUUCAUGGAUCAGCCUGACGGUGAUGACGCAGUGUGUUCCAGUCGCUGUGUUCACCCUGAUCGGGUUUGUACAGAUGACCAUCUGGGCUCGAGGAAAACACAAAACCUACCUACAGGAGUUUAGGGAUUAUCCUGGACUCAGGAGCGCCAUCAUUCCACUCUUCCUCUAGUGAUUUGGGACACAGCCGACACAGAACCCUUUUAUAACCUAACCCUAAUCUAACAACAAUAAAACCAUGCAGUAUUUAGCAGUGAAGUGUUAUAUCAUACUGCAUAAUGUACUGCAUUAAGUGCGAAAUUCUGAAAAACGCUCCGUCCCAAACACAGAGUUCGUCCCUACGGAGUGCUCUGACUGGAACGUGAGCACUAAACAGACAAGCUCUGAGAACUAGCAUUAUAGUAAACAGGCUAAAAUACAAACUAGCUGAAUAAUAUACCGUCAUAGACAGCUGUACUCUGCUGAAUCCGGCGUUAUCACCAGCGACGCCGUCGCCUAACGUCGGCCGCGUAUUUUCUUUACUUUUACUUCUUCACAUUUUCUUGAGAAGUGUUCUGUUCGAAGGAAAUCUCAUUCGAGCGUUCGGGACACGACCUACGACCUGACGUCACUGUGAGCUGAACUUUAAACCACCACACGAUGAAUGUUUACUAAAAUGUGUUUAUAUAUUGUAAUAAAAUGAAAUAUUUUCUACACAGUUAAAUGUUUCUAGGAUCCUGUAACCAGCCGCUAAUCACUUUCACUCGGUGAGAAUCCGUUGGAAAAGAAAUUUCAAAAAUACAAAUAGUGUUUUUCCUUCCGGGUGUGUGUUGUGUUCAGAACACGACCUUUUCGUUGGAUUAGAACGUCGAGACUCAGAACUUCACUUUAAAUCACGUGUAACAAACAGAUCAUUCACUUAAAAUCAGAAAAGUUCUGAUUUCACCGAAGUCACCAAACAUCUGUCCGACUCACACGGAUGAAGAAGUCUGAAUAUUAAUGUGAAUAAACCUGAACAUUAUCAACA